GUAGCUUCUUUGGAAUUUUCCUGCCAAAACAUUGCUGUAUUUACUGUACAAAUUCAUUUAUAUUUAAAUAAGUCAGGGAAACUCCGAAACUACUGAAAUGAUUGUCAGUGUGAAGUGACUUUCAAAAUUGAUAUUUUCAAAUUAUGAACACAAAAUAAUGCCACACUGGCAAUAAAAAACUAAUUUGUAUAUAGUCCAUCUUGUGUAAGAACUACCUUUCCGCGAAAAAAGUUAUUUCUGAAGAAUCCUAUUAAACAUGAAGCAGGUAGGCGAGGGAAAGAGAAGUGAAGAACAGAACCAUGUCGACCAGCAUACCGACUCUCUGAACAAGAUGGUGGACGAGAUGAAGCACCUUGCGAGAUGCAUAUCUUCAGGCAGCGGCUGUGACCUCGUCACAUCUGAGAGACCAAUUAUUUUGAGCGCCAGCGACUCUGGGGAAGUAUUGGGAACCGCUAGUAAGGUUAUUUCUUCUGAAAAGCUAUGUAACAUGGAAGAUAUAGCACCAAUCCAUUUGGCCCCACCGGAUUUCAAAGCUUUCGCUAGCCUACCGCAAGUGUCAGUUCUUUCAUCACCUUCGACUGCUGAUGUUCCGAAGUCACGCAAAGGAAUCCUGGAUAGGAGUGUCAGUUGCCUCUCGCCCAAAAACAUGCGGUCAGAGGUCAGGCGUGAUAAGAAGAAGACAGGAAGAGAUGGUGCAGUUUUGAAAGACACACGUGAUCCUCUUUUGGAUAUGUGGAAGCAUAACAUUACUUCCGACGACAAGGACAAAGGACACGCGACAGGCGAACCUCACCUCGUUUCGAAGACACUAGAUUCCAAAAAUUCGCCCAGCAGCUCCCACAGCGACAACAAUACAUCAUCUGGCAGACCAUGCCACAUGAACCGACACGAGCAGAAAAAGCCUGACGACUCCUGUCGUGAUUCUGCCAGGGAUCUGCACACCAUCGGGAGUAUUAUAAGAUACUUGAUGUCCGACCCUACUCUGCCCGCAAGUGACGAGGACAUGGUUGUUGGAAUACUGGUGUCCUUCUUGAAGAAACUGGAGCCAGCCCAGCCUUCUAAAGAAGUGUGUGAGACAGAAGGCAAGGCUGCAGUCGACGAUCCAAGCGAGGUCCUCGAGUUCUCGAGAACGCAUUUAGUCGACGUCUGCGGGGAAAGUUUUGCCGAUUACCUUGAAGAUCUGGAGCAUAAAUGGGCGUGCGCCAAUAAAUUUCCGGAAGAAAACCCUCCGGACGAGAAAUCAAGAAUUUUUGAUAUUUUCAAGACAGUACUAUUUAACUUAAGAAAUGGCAAAAAUUAUUCGCUUGGCCUGGAUGUUGAAAAGAUAAACAAUGCUUACGAGCACAUGGAAAAUAACUUCAUAGAAAGUAAGGAACGAUGCGCUGACAGUUCUAAGGAAACUGAAGUUGUGACCUAUGAUGAAAGUGAUGCCUUAAAAAUAAACUGUACUAAACUCAACAAAAAUAAAAUUACUGACAAAAAUAUUCACACGAAAAGGGGAGAAAUGCAAACAAGAUAUUAUGCAGCAGCUCUGGGAGUAGUUUUAGCGAAUUUAAUAACAGAUUCUUCAAAGAAGCACAACCAGACAUGUGUUUACCCUGUUCAAACAGAAGCGGGUACUGAGCAUUCACCUGUUGACAAUUCAAGUUAUGAACUGUCUAUGACGAAGAAUAGUGAAAACCACAUAUCUCUGAAUAGUGAGAAAAGAAUAACAUCGGAUGCAUUAGGUGAAAGUAAUGCUAGCACCCCCAAAACAAUAAAUGAGACUCCCGCUACAAUUUCUGAAACAACUAUAAGUGACAGUGUAGCAGACCCUCUAAGGGAUUUCAAAUACGAUAAUUCAAGUAUUACAACGCAUCAAGCAGCCAAACGACUGGAGGCGCAAAACAAACCUGCAGUGAGCAAACUUAAAAAUGAGGAAACUUCGAAAUGUAAUCGUAAAUCUCAGUUAGAAAAUAAACAUGGUAAAACUGAUAAAGAGUUGAAAGGACAGUCCAUUCCUAAAAAUCGAACCGCUGUCAAAUUAAUUUCUAAAGGGGCUGUUAAAAAGGGCAAAGCGCGUAAUUUAUAUUGGGAUAGGUUUAUUGAAAUGUCUUCCCAGAAUGAAGCCCAGAAAGGGUUUCCCUCGAAGAAAUCCGGCAAUUCAAAGUUUAAGUUGAGUACCAAACAGUAUGAAGUGGUAACUAUGACUGAAUCCAAUAACUAUAAUAAAAAUAUGAUUCCUCCAACGUUAAAAAGAAAUACAGAACAACAUGAAGAAAUUGAAGAACUCCCAGAGGAAGAGACGAAGUUUUUUCCUUAUUGCAACUCGCCAGAUUCGUCCCACGACAGCUUGGCAGCAGAUCAGGGACAGGUUGAGGAUGGGUCCGGGAACUCUUCCCGGGAAGCGAAGCUGAGCUCUGCGUCGAGUGUCCGCAACUCCAACACGUCGCUCCUCCGCACCUCCAGCAGGUUGCAGAACAGCAAGGCGGACUGGAGCCGCGACUCGACCGGCCUGCUGCGCUACCGCCUGUCGGACCCGCAGUUCCUGGAGCGCGGCUGGAGCGUGAUCCCCUCGGAGCGGCUGGUGGCCCGGGUGCGCACCUUCAGCUCGCGGCCCGCGAGGGGGAGCAGCGCGUGGACCUGCCCGCCGCGGCCCGCGUGUUACCGCGGCGGCGCGCCCCUGUGCUCCCUGGGCGAGGGCGAGGGCGGCGCCACAUGGCACUACCCGGGCGGCGGCGUGGCGGCCUCGCUGAGCCGCGGGGAGCUGGUGGUGCUGGCGCGCGGCGAGCCCCGGCUGGUGCUGGCGCGGCUCCACGCGCGCGGCGACGGCGCCGUGUUCGGCCCCGGGGGGGAGCCGCGGCUGAGGUACACGCAGCGCGGCGGGGUCCUGCUGGACCCGCGGGGCCGCCCCGCCAUGCGCUGGGCCUGGCGCGGCAUGGCGGGCGUGAGGGACCACCUGGAGGAGCUGGUGUGCCGGCACGACUUCCCCGGAGACCCGCACCUCGACGACCCGGCGAGCCUCUGCCGCAGCAGGGCGUACCGCGAGGCCAUCGCGCGCGCGAGGGCCGGCCCGCGCAGCAAGAUGUCCGUCUGCGCAGAGGAGGAGGAGCAGGGCCCCGUGCAGUGCGGCCGUCAGCAGCUGCCCGAGGAGCCGGAGGCAGGCCCGGUAGCCCCGGGGUCGUCCUACACCCCCAUCAGGCCGAUCGUGCUGCGGCUGAACGAGUUCUUCACGUUCCGGCUGGUGAGCCAGGAGGCGGCCUCGCUGCAGUUCCGCGCCGAGGGGCGCCCGCUCCGCCUGGAGCUCGGCGUGCGCGUGGACCGCUCCGUCGUGGCGCGCGAGGACCUGCUGGAGCCGGCGCUGCUGCCGCGCCUCCGGGAGGACUUCGUCGGCCUCGCCGACCUCGGCGCGUGUCGCGACACGUGA